ACGCUUUCAAUUCUAGAUACUGCCUCCCCUUCUUUGACACGUACCUGGUAGACUAGCCGUUGUGAAAAUGGCAGAAGAUUGCAGGGUAAGCGACUUCUGCACCGCAUUACAUGUGCUCUCGGUACUCCGCGUCUACGUGGUACUGCUCCACACCCCAUGACUCUCCUUCAACAUGGCCCAUCAAGCCCAUAACAUUCCUUGGACCACUUUGUCGUCCUGCCUCUCCUGGCGCCUGUCGAACCGUUGCGAGGGUGGCGCCGCGGAUCUUCACUUGAAUCCCCGGCGCGACCGAGGCAAAAAGCUCAGGCACUUUACGACCGCGUUCGCGCGCAAUAUCCACGAGCAUGCCGAGAGCGAGAUUCGAAAACAUGCCGAUGAUAGCGAUCCGCCUCCCGCACGAGACGAAGUGGUUGUAGAGGAUGACGCGGCUGCCCUGAUUGCGCCCAUUAUUGAACGAUGGAGACAGUCUGUUGAAUAUCGCCCAGGCAUAAACAACACUCGGCUCGGCGCUUGUUCUCAUCAGAGCGACGACUGCGGCUGCGUUUUGCCUCGAGCAAGCCGUAAGAUGGCGGCUUUUACCGAAGUGUUCCAUGCACAAGGUUGCUACAGCCGUAUGCAUGUGAAAUCAAGCGGUUUCUUCAACGCGGAGGUUUUCACGGCGAUGCUGCUACACGGCCAGAUGCAAGCGUUGUUCCGCAUAUGCAGCCACCCAGAGGUCGCCUUGCAGACUUGGUGGCAGGAACAGGAGUGCCAGUGCAUAGACUAUUUUGGAUGGUUUCGUGUCUCUAGUUUCGCGCUGGACGCGUACAUCUUGCUGAAUGUGUUGCUGCACUUCCCCCAGACUUGGCAGAAGGGAGAGGCUGAUUACCGACGCUUGAAAACCUAUCAGGAGGUCGUGUACCGGAUCACCAAGGGUUCAGUCGACGAGCUGCCUGCAUAUCCGCACCGCCGUUUCUUUGGAAUUGCGGACGGCCAAUUCCAAGAGCACGAUGGUUGGGACUCUCCGCAUUCGCGGGAGCGAUGGCUUCGACCAAAGUCAUCACGGCGCCGGCGAGACCCCGGGGGCAAGAGUCAAGGGUCUGUAUUGGGACACAUUCCGUAUGAGGCUUUCGUCGACCUGAAUCAGGUUUCUGAGUACCUCCCUUCGAGUCAGGACGUUUCGCAUGUUCGAUGGGUUCUCUGUGAGAAAGGGUUACCAGCUGAAGUUGCCAACAUCAUCCUACAAGGAGCACGCUAUCACGCCCAAACGCGGCUCCCAGUGCCCGAUGAUCCCUUGCACUCGUCUAACAGCGACGAGUUGCGCAAGUACUUGACGUACAACUGGCAGCUCAUUGUCCGCAGUGCGGCACUCGGUGCACGCAUGGGGAUGGAGCUUGACUGGGAACAGCAGGUUGCUCGCUCCCUUCUGAGACUUUUUGGGUGCUCUUGCAAAAGCCACGAAGCACCGUCUUUGUGGAAGAUAGAUUACGGCUCUUCAUGGGAAGGGAUUAUCACAUUUCUGUGACCUCAUGGGCACUGGGCUUGGGAUGUCUAUCCGGCAUUGACUUUGCGGCCUGUGAGGCUAGCAGCCAAUAGUUUCUACGCAUGCUGGAGAUGAAGAUAUAUUACUUUGCAGAUUCGCAACGGCUUCUACUAACACUGCCGACUGACCUUCUUGAGAUGUCUGUUCGUUGAGUGGUUGAUGUCGAUGAGAGACCAACGAAAGCUCGAGAUACU